CUGAUUUCAGCUACACCAGGAACAUGUUUUUUGACUUUCCGGUUAGUUUGCAUUCCCCAAAGAAAACUUGAGCUGAUGUGUCUCCUUCUUCUUCUUCUAUGUGCAGUAUUAUACCAAGCACAGCUCAUGAUAUUUACAACCCCGGGUUUAUUUUGUAGAGCGGGGAGCGUGGGGCGGGGGGAGCAUUCCCAAGAGGAAGUAAUCAACCAGUAGCCUCAUCUCUGUGCGCGUUUGCUUCUGCCUGUUCAGAGCAGAGCAGUGGGACUCAGAGAGAGUGGAUUGACAGACGGAAGAUGGUUUGUUUUCAUCGUGAUGGUCUGCACAGCGGUUUCAGGUUGGAGUUGUUAUCGUUUGAUUUAAACCGGUGAAACCCCGUGCUUUUCAAAGAUCAGAAAGAACAAUGCCGGUCACUUGGUGAUUACGCUGCUGCUGAUAGACCACCCUGACGUAGAGCCAUGGCCUGUGUGGGUCAGGCCAAGGUGGACGGUGCCACGGCCACGCCACACCAGAGCCACUAUUCCUCGGACAAGUAUGCGCGGUUCAUCCUGGCCCAGAUGAACAGGAUGAGGAUCCUGAAGGACUUCUGUGACGUCCAGCUGCUGGUCGGGGGCCGGCAGUUCAGUGUCCAUCGGCUCGUCCUGGCUGCCAGCAGCCCCUAUUUCUCAGCACUGUUCACCGGGGGCAUGAGAGAAGCGGACAAAGACAUCGUUCAGAUUUUAGGAGUGGAAGCUGACGUCUUCGAAAUGCUUCUGGAAUUUAUAUAUAGCGGCGUGGUUAACGUGACCGUGGACAACGUGCAGGAGCUGAUCGUCACGGCAGACAUGCUGCAGCUCAGCGAGGUGGUCAAGAUCUGCUGUGAGUUUCUCAAAGUGCAGAUGGACCCUUCCAACUGCGUGGGAAUCUACCAGUUCCUGGAACAGAUCGCCUGCCUUGACAUGAUGGAAUUCACUGAGAACUAUAUUCAUGUGCACUUCCUAGAGGUGUGCGCCGGGGAGGAGUUUCCCAGCCUGGCGAAGGCUCAGCUGGUAAAGAUCCUGCGCAGCGAGGAGCUGCGUAUUGAGGACGAGUACCAGGUGUUCAUCGCAGCCAUGAACUGGGUCCUGAAAGACGUGCCCAGGAGGAAGAAGCACGUGGUGGAGGUGCUGGAUCCCGUGCGCUUCCCUCUGCUCUCCCCACAACGGCUCUUCAAAUGCAUCGAGGGUAUUUCAGAUUUCAGCCUGCGGGUAGCGCUACAGACCCUCCUGAAAGAAUACACGGAAGUCAGCAAGUCACCUAAAGAGAACAAGAUGUUCAGCGUACUUCAGCCAGCCAAGAUCAGGCCCCGAAGAAAGGCGAGAAAGUAUCUUUACGCUAUAGGAGGGUACACUCGUCUGCAGGGCGGGCGCUGGAGUGACAGCAGGGCGCUGAGCUGCGUGGAGCGCUUCGAUUCCUUCAGCCAGUACUGGACCACAGUGUCCUCUCUGCACCAGGCCCGCAGUGGGCUCGGGGUGGCAGUGCUGGAGGGCAUGAUAUACGUCAUCGGAGGGGAGAAAGAUUCAAUGAUCUUCGACUGUGCUGAGCGGUACGACCCUGUGACUAAGCAGUGGGCUGCAGUGGCAUCGCUGAACUUCCCACGAUGUGGAGUGGCUGUGUGUUCCUGCCACGGAGCUCUCUAUGCCUUAGGGGGAUGGAUUGGGUCAGAGAUCGGUAAAACCAUGGAGAGGUACGACCCCACGGACAACAAGUGGGAAAUCGUGGGAAGCAUGGCCGUGCCCCGCUACUACUUCGGCUGCUGUGAAUUACAGGGUUUCAUCUAUGUGAUCGGAGGCAUUAGCGACGAGGGGAUUGAGCUGCGCUCUGCAGAGGUGUACGACCCGGUCUCCAAGCGGUGGAGUGCGCUGCCGGUGAUGUCCAAGAGGAGAGCUUACGUGGGGGUGGCCAGUCUCAACGACUGCAUCUACGCUGUUGGAGGCUGGAACGAGGCUCUGGGCUCCCUUGAAACAGUAGAAAAGUACUCGCCGGAGGAGGAGAAGUGGGUCGAGGUAGCUCCGAUGGGCGUGGCCAGGGCCGGGGUCUCAGUCACGGCAGUGAACGGGCUCCUGUAUGCGGUGGGAGGGCGGGCGUCCAGCCGCGAUUUCUCAGCGCCGGUCACCAUGGACUCUGUGGAAAUCUACGACCCCCACCUGGACACCUGGACGGAGAUCGGGAACAUGAUAACCAGCCGCUGUGACGGAGGAGUGGCUGUGCUCUGACCUGUCAGAUACCGGGGCUGGAGAGGAACCGAUAACCUUGAAAAACACAUGCAGCCAGAACCCAGGGCUUAUCAGAGGAAUCUGAUGCUGGUUCUGUUGCCAACCAAUGCAUUCCUCUGUGGAGUAACAGAGAGAGGGAUACAAUGGACUAAAGCAUUCCUCAAGACCCUCCAAGGUCCUUGUUGGGUCAAAUUCAGGCCUGUUUUACAGUGGACGAUGUUGCAUUGUACAAUUCUUACUUGUAUCUUUUUAAUGGACCCAAGGUGGAAUGGGCUGGACCAUAGAUUAUCCAAUGACUGCUAAGAGAGUUCAGGUGCAUUGGAGUCAGGCUAGUGUUUGUAUAGUGCCAAUACACUGUACGCUGUUACUGAUCUGCUGUGAGAAUUGAGAAGAUUGAGUCACAUGGGCUGGUCCAUUUCACAAAUACAACAAAGAAAGAGAAGUGGCACUGCAGCAGACGCUAGCAUUGGUCACAAUUUGUUCAAAAGUUUGUAAUGUAAUUUACUACUAAGAAUGAACAGAAGUGUGCUGAUUGACAGCAAGCUGAAAACAAUGGGCCAUAAAACUUAGUGGGUAGAUUCAGUUGAAACGUACAGGAGCACUUGCUUAAUCUCUGGCACCAUUCCGUUAAAGUUCCAGAUAUAAAAGGACACCCCACACACACCCCCUUGCACCAGCAAGAGUCAAAAACGGUACAAUCCAUUAGCUCUUAGUAUAAAGUAAAACACAUGCAUACAGUGUGGCAUUGGAGUUUGCUUAAAUGCUGCUGUAUAACAGGGCCCUGAUGUGGGUGCUGUGCUUUUCAGUUAUGCAGAUGCAUUUGCUAAGAAACAAAGGAAGAGUGAUAAAAUGCAUUCUUUAGACACUGCCCUCCUGCUUAGUUAGACAUUCACAGAGUUUCUUUUAUUGUUUGCUGUAUGAUAAAUAACUAAACUCACUGUACACGGUACAGGAUGUUUAUACAUCACGUUCAAGCAGUGUCCUCCGGGUCACACUGUUGCACAUUCGUGCCAUCUAUUCCUAAUGUUACCUCCAGCAGCUUGGUCUUGUGAAACCACCAGCAAUUACAGUGGAAAAGGUCAUUUCUGUAUCUGAGGCAGCUGCGGCUGGGCAACAAUGCUGUUAAUUCACAAAACCUUUAAGCAGUGUUUUCAUGACUGCUCUGCAAAGGACUCUUUAUUGAAAUCAAGUUUUUAGAUCACAGGAGAACCUGUUUUCAAGUUAGAAACUGUCAAAAUGUUUAUAAACCCUCUAAAAAAAUAAAUAAAAUAAACAUGGCCUAAAAUGUUAUUUUGUGAAUAGGACCAUAUAUUAUGUAAGGAAAAGAAACACGAGGCUGGCCCUCCAUUGAGCUGAGCCUGUAGUUGCAUGCCUUUGUGUAGCAGAGUCAGCAGUGACGUACAGUUUGAAACUUCACUUUGAACCCUAGCUUUGUAGUUUAUGGCGUAGAAAUAACCAACCUUUAUUUGUUUUAUCAGCAUUUCCUUAUUGACUCCCAUCUUUUUACUGAAGGGCCAUGCUUGCUUUAUGAAUACACUUUCUUGACGUUAUAAGUAGGGGUGAUAACUCUCGAAUUGAUUCUCUCUCAAGUUAGCUUUAUUCAAUUAAAUUGUUCGUCAACCAAUUAAUGAAAUCAAAUGUAACAAACAUGAAAUACAAAAGACAUCCUUCUCAUGAAAUAGCUUAAAUUAGCUUAAAAGUGAUGAAUGCAUUUUACUGAAACGGUCGCCUGGUAUUUGUAAAGCUUUAUAAAGAUUAAUCAAGCUUUCACAUUAAAAGCCCAGGUUAGUUAGACCAGGGAGUCCCACACUGGGGGCCGCAGCACAUACAACAUGUUUUCUCCCAAAUGACCCAGACAAAGAAAUGACACUGAACAUAAUGAAAGCAGUAACACUUCUGAACAACCUCUCGCACUAAAGGGAUCCAAAUCUGAACUUCAGGGGGAGGGGGGUCCUCACUCAGGAUGUCUAAUUUCACAGGGGGCCUUGAGCCAACAUAGUUUGGGAACCCGAGUUAGACGACACAUU